CUUCAUAUGGUCUGACUAUGGAAUUUAUGGAAGGACUUAGCAAUUAUAACUUGGGUCCUGCCACCUGUGACGUGAGGUGGCAGCCCACUUACUGCACACGUGCACCUGCCUUUCCUAAAAAUAGGCUUGACUAAAGCCUCUUAAGUUCAAACCACAUAAGUUGCUUUCCCUGAGUGCCAACAAAUCCCAGCGGAUAGUGGCACUUUUAAUACCUGAUGGGGUGUGGGAGAACUAAAGAGAUGCUUACGCGUGCUCUUUGAGUGCUUGGACCAUGUAGAUGCCUGAAGUGGUGCUCCAUGGUGUACAGAUGGGGCCACUGAUCUGACUGACCUUCUGGUGGUGAGGGAACUAGUUGCCAAAACAGCCUAUCUCAAGGCUCAAGGGAUGGACGGUAACGAGCUGCGAAAGGAGAGACUCUGCUUGACUCUGCCCCAGCCAAACAACUCCUCAGCUCUACAGGAAGCUGAAGUGAAGCAGUACGAGUCGCUUUGCGAGCAGCAGCCCAUUGGUAGGACAUUAUUUCGGCAGUUUCUUCUCAGCUGUAAUCCCCAGUACACCGCUGCCAUCGAGUUUCUGGAAGAGUUAGGAGGAUGGAGCGUAGCAGAAGAAGACACCCAAGCAAACACCAGAAGGAACAUCGUCGCUAAGAUCUCUCACCCUGACUCCAGGAGUUUUCUGUCGUUUCUCAAAGGAGACGCUGUAGAAACAUGCAAGUGCUUUGACGAGUCAAUGGUGAACCAGAUGAGAGAAGCCACAAGAGAUUUCCUGCGGGGAAAACCUUUCUCGGAGUACCUGCAGAGUCCGUUCUUUUUCAGGUUUCUACAAUGGAAAGAGUAUGAGAGACAGAAGAUUAGCGAUAAAUACUUUCAUGAAUUUCGAAUAUUGGGGAAAGGUGGUUUUGGUGAGGUGUGUGCAGUGCAAGUGAAGAUUACAGGACAGAUGUACGCCUGCAAGAAGUUGAAUAAAAGACGUUUGAAGAAGAAAGGUGGUGAGAGGUUGGCCCUUCAAGAAAAAAAGAUUCUGGAGAAGGUUAACAGCCUUUUUGUUGUGAACCUGGCCUAUGCCUACGAUAACGGCACCCACUUGUGCCUGGUUAUGGACUUGAUGAAUGGAGGAGACCUCAGGUUCCAUAUCUACGAACUCGGAGAACGCGGUCUUCGAAUGGACCGUGUGGUUUUCUACGCAGCCCAGAUGACCUUGGGCCUCCUUCACUUGCACUCGAUGAAUGUUGUGUAUCGUGACCUGAAGCCAGAAAAUGUGCUGCUCGACACUCACGGCCAUUGUAGACUGUCAGACCUCGGAUUGGCUGUCGAGCUGCCAAAAGGGAAAACGAUCUGCCAAAAGGCUGGAACAACUGGGUACAUGGCCCCUGAGAUUCUGAUGCAGCAGAACUACAGCACAUCGGUGGACUGGUGGGCGUUGGGCUGCAGCAUCUACGAGAUGGUGGCUGCUCGCCUGCCAUUCCGAGACUUCCGCGAAAAGGUGCAGAAGAGUGAGGUGGCCCGACGAACCCUGGAAGACCUGUGCAAAUUUCACCACAAGGGAUUUGACCCUGCUACCAAAGACAUCAUCUGUUGCCUGCUUAAGAAAAAGGUUCCACAUCGGCUUGGGUGCAAAGCUGAUGACCCACGAAAACACAUGUUUUUCAACGGCAUUAAUUUCCAUCGCCUUGAGGUGCGGCGUUUGGAGCCUCCUUGGGUGCCAAAGCCCAACGUGGUGUACACCAAAGACACGAGUUAUUUCAACGACACAUCGGAGCUCGGAGACAUUGAACUGGAUGCUAAAGAUGAGAACUUCUCUAAGGAGUUCAGCACCGGCGCAGUACCUGUGUCGUGGCAGAAGGAGAUGAUUGAAAGCGGAUUGUUUGAUGAGCUCAACAGGUCGGAAAGGAACGGCCAUAAUCAAGUGAUGGCAUGGAAAUCAAAGAUGUGUAUCAUUUUGUAAGCAUCCCAUCUAAUCUUCUGAGGGGAUAAGCAAAACUUGUACUAAAAAUGAUGGUGCUGGUCUUCAAUAGAACACAUAUACGAUAAAUCUACCUACCUCUAAUAUCAAUAUGAUGACAACCUGAUUUGGAUCGCAAUUUUUAAUGUUGAUUUUUUUUUUCUUAAGUGGUUAUUGUGCCGAUUCAGUCUUAAUAUUACAAUUCUUUUCACGUUUGUUUACAGACGAAAUAACCGUAUAUAACCGAAUACUGUCUAUGCACUCUUCUGCAGUUAAUUUUGGCCUACUACAUCCACGUUAAUACAAGUUGGUUUAGAGUUCUGAAAUUCAAGUGGAAACAUGUUAUAGUCAAUCACGAACUUACACUAAUGGAUCAGUAAAGUCACAAUGACUAUCUACUAUAGUUGUAUAGAAAACACUUCUUGGCCUUAAUAAUAAAACAAUCAAAUGAAAAUCAGUGCGGUGGAAACCAAACGUGCCUUCUUGUACACCGUGACUACUUCUCUAUGUGUGAAUUCAUACAGAUAAACUGCAACUGUGUGUAGUGAAUUUUUUUUCUGCCUGAAUUCUUUGCAACACAAAUUUUUGCCACUUAAUUUUUGCGACUGAAAAUUUUGUGGCUGAAUUUUAAUGCUGAAAAAAAUCUGUGCUAGAAUUUCAGUACUAAAAAAACAAACCUACAGUGUUCGAAAUACAAAUUCAAACUCUUGUAGCACAGAUUUACUUCCAUAGAAUAUAACCUACCACUAUCCUUCUUCUAAAAAUGCAGUAUGGCAGUAUAAUUGUAAGCCAAUGAGUGUUUUAUUAAUUCACUUUCUUUAUUUGGUUUACUAUGUUGUUUAAAAAGUUACUCGAUGACAUAUUGUGCCAGCCAAUGUAAUCGGGACGAAUGUUUUACUGUAACUCACAUUUUCUGGCUCUAAUCGGGUAAGCAUAGUAACAUAUAUCACCGCCAGAUGCCGCCAGACACCUGUAAAACUACAUCCCACAAACUGUUCACCAUUCUGC